AAUCAAUUAUUAUGAAUAUUUUUGCAUUAACGAUUGGGUUAUUAUUAUUCGUUCAAUUAUCAGAAUGUACAUUGUCACCACCCAAAGAUAAAAUUAGUAAAAAAAGCAAAGGAAAAAUUGAAAAUAAGAAAGGUCCUGUGGGUCAGGAUGUUUUUAUGAGGAAUUUAGUGGUGAAAAACCUCAAAAUACAGGAUAUUAUUCGAGAGUCUGGAUUCUAUUUUUCUAACACAACCAAUCGAAAAUUUACUGGAGAUGUUUUGGGAUAUAUCACACCGUGGAAUAACAAUGGAUUUGAAGUUUCCAAAAUAUUCCAUGGAAAAUUCACAAUGCUUUCGCCAGUAUGGUUAGCAUUUCCUGAAGGCAAUGCAUCGACAUAUAAGCUGUCAACUCAUGAUGUUCAGAAAAAAUGGCUGAAGGAAAUCAGAACAGCAAAUAAUGAGGGUCAUUCUGUAAAAGUCUUAACAAGAGUGUUGUUUGAACACUGGUCAAUUAAUGAUAUUAUUAAAUUGUACAGUGACACGCACAGACUAACUGCUGUAAUUUCAGCACUCAUAGAUACUGCAAAGAACUUCCAUUUUGAUGGAUAUGUUUUGGAAAUAUGGAAUCAGUUUGUCCUAGCAGGUGUGGAUACACAGAUUGUUAUAUCACUGAUUCAAUCUAUUGCUCAACAGUUAAAGAAAAAUAAUUUAGAUACAAUUCUGGCAGUGCCACCAUCAAGGGGUGUAAAUGUUCAGUUAUUUAAUCAAGAGAAUUUCAAUGAGCUAUCACCAUAUUUAAAAGCAUUCUCUUUAAUGACAUAUGACUAUUCAAGCAUUCAACGUCCUGGACCUAAUAGUCCCAUUGAUUGGAUGAGGGAAUGUGUAGAAUUACUAGUACCUGAAGAGGGUCCUAAAAGGGCUCAAAUAUUAUUAGGUCUUAAUUUCUAUGGAUACAAUUAUACCCCUGAAGGUGGAGGUGCUAUCUUAGGUUCAGAUUAUCUAAAAAUUCUGGAGUCCUACAAAGGGAAAAUUCAGUGGGAUGAUAACAGCAAAGAACACUUUUUUGAAGUGAAAUCAUCAGGGAGCAGUGGAAUUAUCUUUUAUCCCACGUUAUAUUCUAUUUUACACCGACUGGAUCUCGCAGCGGAAUUAGGUACAGGUAUAUCUAUUUGGGAGCUCGGUCAGGGAUUACAUUAUUUUUACGAUUUAUUGUAA